AAAUGGCAGCCUCCAUGUGGAAAAAUAAUCGUGUUUUACAAUGAGUAUUUUAUAACAGCUUUUAGAAAAGAAUUAAAUUUAAGAUAUAUUAAAGUUUUAAAUAAUUAUGGAAGGAGAAGACCAUAAAAAGGUCCAUCGUAAAAGACAAGCUGGACCAAAGGCUGAAAAGAAAAAAUCCAAGAAAGAUCAUCAACAAGACUUGACCCCUCAGCAAAGGAAUCCUAGAGCCUUUUCUAUACAGCAUGCUAGAAAAACUGCUAAAAUUGUUCAGAGGAGUCAAGAUUUAAAGACAAAGAAACAUCAUAUACCAUUAGUAGACAGAACCCCUGUAGAACCUCCCCCUGUUGUGGUGGCUAUUGUAGGACCACCUAAAGUAGGGAAGACUACUCUGUUCCAAUGUAUAGUGAAGAAUUACGCCAAACAAAGAUUAGCUAAUGUACAGGGACCAGUCACAGUUGUAGCUGGUAAAAAUAGAAGAUUAACCAUUGUUGAAUGUAAUAAUGAUAUUAAUGCCAUGAUUGAUGUGGCUAAAGUUGCUGAUCUGGUGUUGUUACUGGUAGAUGCUAGUUUUGGAUUUGAGAUGGAGACUUUUGAGUUUUUAAACAUCUGCCAGGUCCAUGGAUUCCCCCGUAUUAUGGGUGUACUCACACAUCUCGACUCAUUUAAGGACAACAAGAAAAUGAGGAAGACCAAAAAGAGACUGAAACACAGGUUCUGGACUGAAGUUUACCAGGGUGCAAAGUUAUUUUAUCUAUCAGGAAUGGUGAAUGGUGAAUACCAGAAAACAGAGGUCCAUAAUCUUUGUCGAUUUAUCUCAGUAAUGAAAUUCAGACCUCUUCAAUGGAGGAUUACACAUCCUUAUGUCAUAGCAGAUAGAAUGGAGGAUAUAUCUGAUCCUGAAUUGCUACGACAGAAACCUAAAUCUGAUCGUAAAGUGUCCCUGUAUGGCUAUGUCAGGGGUACACACAUGAAAAAUCAUAUAACAGUUCAUAUUCCAGGUUGUGGUGACUAUUCUAUCAGUGAUAUGCACUUCUUACCUGACCCCUGUCCUAGUCCUGACAGGGAGAAGAGACGGUCCCUCAGUGCUAAGGAGAGGAUGAUAUAUGCCCCCAUGUCAGGAGUUGGUGGUAUUGUCUAUGACAAGGAUGCUGUUUAUAUAGAUCUGGGUGGCAGUCAUUCACAUACACAAGCUGAUGAGAAUUCAGCUCCAGCAAACGAAUUUGUAGCAUCUUUGAUGAAUGUUGAGGACCCAUUGGAUAAGAAGAUGACUACAAGUCAUGUGACCAUGUUUUCUGGUACUGCACCAAUCACAGAUGGUGAUAUGGAAGGGUAUGACAGUGGAUGUCCCGAUGAUGAAGAUACCAAGAAGUCAGAUGACAUCACAGCAGACGGUCGAAGCAGACGUCCUGCACAGUUCACAGACAACCUACCAUUCUCAGAAGAUGGACAGGUUAACUGUCAAGAAAAAUCAAAGAAGAAACAGAAGAUAGAAGAAAAUCUAGUAUAUGCUGACAGCGAUGAUGAGGACGAUGAGAACAUUCAGAUGUUUUCUAAAGCUGUGGAUAAAGCAACAAAAAGUAAUAAAAUUAGGUCAAAUGAAAAUGAAAUUGAAAGUGAAAGUUCGGAUGAAGAUGAAGAAUCUGAGGAAGAGGAUGAUGAUGAAAAUGACAAUGAAAUGAUGUCUGAGGAAGAUGAAAAUAGUGAGAAUGACAGUGAAGUGGACAAUGACACAGUUGAAAGUUAUGAAGUCUCUGACGAAACAGAUGGAGACUCUGAUUCAGAAAUGGAAAGUGAAGUUGAGGAAACAAAACUUCUCCAGAAACCAAAAAAAUUAGCAAAAAGUAAUGCCCAUGAUUCAAAGACAGGGAAGGAAUUAUCUUCAAGUGAUAAAAAAUUAACUUCAGAUAGUAAAAAUGUUAAAACACAAGCUCUCAAUGCCUCAAAAUUAUCAAACAAUGUAAAUAAAUCUAGUCUUUCAGAGGGUUUUGAGAGUGAGGAUUCUGAUAACUCUGAAGAUAGUUCUAAUGACAUGGAGGUGGACUCAAAGAUAAGUAAAACAUCAGAUAGUAUACAGACAUUCCAAAGUAGUGGGGAGGAUUCAGGUAGUGAAAAUUCAGAGGAAGAAUCUGAUGACGAAAGUAAUGAGGAAGAUGAUGAGGAUGAUGUCAUUGGUAACAAUAUAGAGGAUGGAGAUAAUGUUGGAGAUGAGGAAGAAGUCGGUUUAUUACGCUGGAAAUCCAACCUGACAUCAUCAGCAGCAGUAGCCUAUAAGAAACGACAAGGGGAGAGAAUAAAUUACAGAAAACUUAUCUAUGGAAAAGAUGCAGAUAAAGAAGAGGAUGAAAGUGAUGAUGAGUUGGGAGGUUUAUUUAAAGUAUUGAAACAGAAGUCAGAACAGUCAGAUAGAGUGGCUAUAAAUAGUACUGACUGUUCUAAAUUUAGUGUCCAAAAAGGGAAAGAAUGGGACAUUGAAGAGGUACGCGAGUUAAUAAAAGACUGUUUUGUAACUGGAGAAUGGGAAAAAAGUGAAGAUGCAGCCAAGCGUUUACAACAAGAUGAUGAUCUUUAUGGGGACUUUGAGGAUUUGGAGACUGGUGAGGUUCACCAUGAGGAUUCAGACAAUGAUGAUGAUGAAGAAGGAGGAGGAGGAGAUGGAGAGGAAGAUAAAGAGAAAGCUCCUGAGGAGGAAAGGAAGAAAACCAAAGCAGAAAUGACAUCUAUAGAAAGGAGGGACGCAAAGAAGAAAAGAUUAAAGGAUGCCUUUAAUGCCCAGUAUGAUAUGAAGGAUGAUUCAGAGUUCUAUGAUUCGUGGAAAGCUGAGACAGAGCAGCAAGCCAAGUUAAACCGAGCUGAGUUUGAGGCUAUGGAAGAUGAUGUCCGUGUUAACUAUGAGGGUUAUAGACCAGGAAUGUAUGUUAGAGUUGAGAUAGAGGACGUUCCAUGUGAAUUUGUUACUAAUUUUGAUGCUACCUAUCCUGUUAUACUGGGAGGGUUGUCUAACUUGGAAGAAAAUGUUGGAUUAGUACAGUGUCGCAUAAAGAAACACAGAUGGCACAAAAGGAUUUUGAAAACAAAGAAUCCCUUGAUUAUCUCCCUUGGAUGGAGAAGAUUUCAGACAAUGCCUAUGUACUCUAUACAGGAUCACAACAUGAGAAACAGAUUGUUGAAAUAUACUCCAGAACAUCUCCAUUGUAAUGCUACUUUCUAUGGUCCUAUAACUCCACAGAAUACAGGAUUACUGGCUGUAGAAAGUGUAGCUGAACUAACAUCAGGGUUUAGGGUAGCAGCUACUGGAGUGGUGUUAGAACUGGACAAGUCAAAACAGAUUGUGAAGAAGUUAAAAUUGACAGGAACACCAAACAAAAUCUAUAAAAAGACAGCAUUUAUACAGGGGAUGUUUAACUCAGCGUUAGAGGUGACCAAGUUUGAAGGUGCUAAGUUACAAACAGUCAGUGGUAUCCGUGGGAUGAUCAAAAAGGCAGCAAAAAAUCCAGAGGGCUCAUUCAGAGCUACGUUUGAAGAUAAAAUCCUGUUAAGUGAUAUUAUUUUCUUGAGAACCUGGUACCCAGUGCAGAUUCCAGAGUUUUAUAAUCCAGUCACAUCUCUACUGUUACCCAAGGCAGAGAAGAUGAAAUGGAUAGGAAUGAAAACAAUUGGUCAGCUGAGGAGAGAGAAAGGAAUGACAGCUCCUUUAAAUCCAGAUUCUAAAUACAAGCCUGUCGAGAGAAAGAUCCGACACAUGACACCAUUAACCAUACCUAAAGAACUACAGAAAAUGUUACCAUUCAGGGACACACCCAAAAUAAUACAGGAGACCAAAGAUCCUCUCAAGAGGGUAGCUGUCAUCAGGGAACCACAUGAAGCUAAGGUUGCUAAAGUAAUGAAAAUGUUAAAGACAUUACAUGAACAUAAACGUAAGACAGAGAGGUUUAAAAUGAGAGACAGAGCAGCAGAACAUGAGAAAAAGAUGGCGAAGAUCGAUGUUAGGAGGGUACAGAAACACAAAGAAACAAAGAAGAAUAUAUACCGUGCACUUGGACAAUUAGAGAAGAAAAAACAAAAAUUUAUUAAUACUAAAGAUUGAAAUGAAUAUAUAGCUGGUCAUAUUCAAAAUAAAUUCUCCAACAUCAA